CUUACGAGAAGGUGGAGUGCAAGGUGAACGGCCUCUGUCUUGGGGGCUCGACUGGGCUCCUCAGCUCUGCUUCUCAGAGAGGUCCUCAGAAGAAGGAGGAAUGGCUGUCGACCAAGCCAAAUGCAAGGAAUCAGUGAUGUUCAGGGAUGUGGCUAUAGAUUUCUCUCAGGAGGAGUGGGAAUGCCUGGACCCAGCUCAGAGGGACAUGUACAGAGAUGUAAUGUUGGAGAACUACAGCAACCUGCUGUCAGUGGGACUUUACAUACCUAAACCUCAAGUUAUCUCCUUAUUGGAACAAGGGAAAGAGCCCUGGAUGGUUGGCAGAGAGCUGACAAGAGGCCUGUGUUCAGAUCUGGAGUCAAUGUGUGAAACCAAGUUAUUAUCUCUAAAGAAGGAAGUUUAUGAAAUAGAAUCAUGCCAGAGGGAAUUAAUGGGACUUACAAAGUAUGGCCUUGAGUACUCCAGUUAUAGAGAUGUUUUGGAAUAUGGAAGCCACCUUGAAAGACAACUGGGAUAUCAAAAUGGGCAUUUCAGCCAAGAAAUAUUUACUCAUGGAUACAUGCCCACAUUUAUUCAACAGACAUUCUUUACUCUACAUCAAAUAAUUAAUAAUGAAGAGAAACCCUAUGAAUGUAAGAAAUGUGGAAAAGUCUUUAGUCAGAAUUCACAAUUUAUUCAACAUCAGAGAAUUCAUAAUGGUGAAAAAUCAUAUGAAUGUAAGGAGUGUGGGAAAUUCUUUAGUUGUGGCUCACAUGUUACUCGACAUCUGAAAAUUCAUACUGGUGAAAAACCUUUUGAAUGUAAUGAAUGUGGAAAGGCCUUCAGUUGCAGUUCAUACCUUUCUCAACAUCAGAGAAUUCAUACUGGUAAGAAACCCUAUGAAUGUAAGGAAUGUGGAAAAGCCUUUAGUUAUUGCUCAAAUCUUAUUGACCAUCAGAGAAUUCACACUGGUGAAAAACCCUAUGAAUGUAAAGUAUGUAGGAAAGCCUUUACUAAGAGCUCACAACUUUUUCAACAUGCAAGAAUUCAUACAGGUGAGAAACCCUAUGAAUGUAAAGAAUGUGGCAAAGCUUUUACUCAGAGCUCAAAGCUUGUUCAGCAUCAGAGAAUUCAUACUGGUGAAAAACCCUACGAGUGCAAGGAAUGUGGCAAAGCCUUCAGUAGUGGCUCAGCACUUACUAAUCAUCAGAGAAUUCACACGGGGGAGAAACCGUAUGAUUGUAAGGAAUGUGGCAAGGCUUUUACUCAGAGCUCACAACUUCGACAACAUCAGAGAAUUCAUGCUGGUGAGAAACCCUUUGAAUGUCUUGAAUGUGGGAAAGCCUUUACUCAAAACUCACAACUUUUUCAACAUCAGAGAAUUCAUACAGAUGAAAAACCUUAUGAAUGUAAUGAAUGUGGAAAGGCUUUUAAUAAAUGCUCAAACCUUACUCGACAUCUGAGAAUUCAUACUGGUGAAAAGCCCUAUAACUGUAGGGAAUGUGGGAAGGCAUUUAGUAGUGGUUCAGAUCUUAUUCGUCAUCAGGGAAUUCAUAAUGAUGAAUAAACGUUAAAGCUCUUGUCACCUUCCUAGUAUUUUACACAAAAAAUAAUAAUGUUGGAGAGUUAUCCUCUUUGACUAUUUUUGUUUCUUAUAAAUCCAAACAUUUCAUUCUAUGUUAUGAAUUCAGAUUCAAAAUUGGCAUUUACCCACCCCUCCCCAAUAUUAUACUAAUGGCAGAUGUUCACUAAUUCUUUCCUAUCAUUAUUUUGUUCCAACUUUUUGGUGUUCAUGUUAUAUUAUUCUUUAU